GGCUGUUUCUAUAAGAGAUUGAGCUAAUGAAGGAGUAGUAUGAAGGUUUAAUGAACUUUAGUUAGUUAGUGCGCUCGCUGUUACAUUCAGUGGCUGCAAACUCUCUUUUGGCGCGCACCGUGCACACCAGACACAGCAGCGGACGUCAGGGAGAGCAGCCACCUCGACCAGAGAGAGGCAGCUGGUAAUAACUAGUUAGCAUUAGCUAGCGGCAGUGCGGCUUCACGCUAACGUCAGUGAGUUAGUUAAUUAAUUAUUAAUUAAGUUGUCUGUGCUCGCUGCGCUUGCAUUGACCUCUAAACAGUGUGCAAGGUCAAAGGGCGAUGCUGUCAGUCGUCAGGUCAGCGCUCGCGACAUACGGGAGGUCCCGGCUCCCCGGUCCGGCUGUGGUCCGGGCCAUGUCGUCCUCGGGGGGGGCCGUGCCCCCUUACACCACCCUCGCCAUCUCCCACCCAGCAGAGUCCAUCACGCACGUAGAGCUGCACCGCCCGGAGAAACGCAACGCCAUGAACAAAGCCUUCUGGAGUGAGAUGGUGGACUGUUUUAAUGAGAUAGCCGGUGACCCAGAAUGCCGAGUGGUUGUGGUUUCUGGAGCCGGGAAGAUGUUCACAGCCGGCAUCGACCUGAUGGACAUGGCCAGCGACGUCCUCCAGCCGGAGGGCGACGACGCGGCCAGAAUCUCCUGGAACAUGAGAAGAAUCAUCACCAAGUAUCAAGAGACGUUCUCGGUCAUUGAGAAGUGUCCCAAGCCCGUCGUGGUAGCGGUCCACGGAGCCUGUAUCGGGGGAGGUGUUGAUCUGAUCACAGCCUGUGACAUCCGACUAUGCACCCAGGACGCCUGGUUCCAGGUAAAGGAAGUUGAUAUCGGGCUUGCAGCAGAUGUUGGAACUCUCCAGAGACUUCCUAAAGUCAUUGGCAGCCGCAGCCUCGUGAACGAGUUGGCUCUGACCGCCAGGAAGAUGCAUGCCGAUGAAGCCAAAAGCAGCGGAUUGGUCAGCCGAGUGUUUGCGGAUAAGGAGGCCAUGAUGGCCGGAGCGCUGGAGAUGGCCGAGGAGAUCGCCGCUCGCAGUCCUGUAGCUGUGCAGGGCACCAAAAUCAACCUGGUCUACUCCAGAGACCACAGUGUGGCAGAGGGACUGAACUACAUGGCCACCUGGAACAUGAGCAUGCUCCAGACUCAGGAUGUGAUGAAAUCAGCUCAGGCCGCCAUGGAGAAGAAGAGUCCCAAGACGAUCGCUUUCUCCAAACUCUAAACCUCGCUGACGCAAAGUUCAGAUACACACAGACAGAAGCUGCCACUGUGGCCUUUCUGUGUGAAGGGAAACCGCAUCGAUGUGGUCCGGGAAGCUGGGGCCACUUGAGUGUGAUGCAGUGAGAUUUAAGAGAGGGACGCUUGGGAUUGGUUUCCAAAGAAGUGAAUUAUUUGGGUGCAAAAGCCUUUAAAACAGCAUUUUGAUAAAUCAUCAAUGUGUAAAAUCUGAAUUAUAAGUGACUUCAGGUUAACCUCUUCCCCAGGUGAAGUUAAACUGUAAUAUAAAGAGGAUUUUCUGAGCUUGUCACUGUAGAA